UUUGGCUGUUGUUUACAUCGUCAUGUGAAUAAUUGAUGGUAAAUUGUUGUUGAUAAUACGUAGGGAUGGACAUGGACGAGUCCGACUCGCCGGAGAUCCAACAGAGAAUCGCAGUAGCCGAGUCCCUCUGGGGAGUGAUCAACACCCCCGCGAUAAAGAUCUUCUCCCUCAAGAAAUCAGAAUCAGAGCCAAGCCUCCGGGCAUUCCUGGAGCUCCUGAACCGUGCCGCCGAGAACUUCAUAAACAUCCUGAUACCCCCCUUCAAAUCAAGCCCCAGGUAUGACCCCUUGAAAUCCCAGUACUCGGCCUUCACGCGAUGGCUCUUCGGCGUCCUCUUCCACGUGAUCGGCGACCCCCUGAACCCCCAGGUCCUCCUGAAUAGCCUCGAGGUUCAGGCUUGCAUGCUUCGAAUUCUCUCGCGUCUCCACCUGCCUGAAUUCUUCAGAAUCACUCAGGAGUACCUCGCGAUCCUCGACGACACCCUAGACUUCGAGUCAGACCCCCGAAAGAGCCAAAUAAUCAUAAAACAGUUCGUCGUCGAGCCCAACUCCAUCGAGAAACUAGAUCUCACCCACUUCCCCGUGACGAUCACGCGAGAAUCAAUCGUCACAACUCAGAUCUCCAUAAUGAAGAUCAUCAUAAAGUCUGGGGUGUCGUCCUGGGACCUGGAGGACCUCUGGAAACGAACCCUCAAGAUCAUGAUCAAAUGCAAACUCGAGUCGAAGGUGAUAUCGAUGGAGCUGAUCUCCCAGCUCCUCACAUUCUCUUCAUUGGACGAUGACAAGGUCCAGAUGUUCGUCUCCCUCUGCGUCGAGGUCGUAAGAAGCCUGAACACCCUGAACCCCAACAAAUCACCUGACAACGUCAACUUCAAUGUAAUUAAUCGCACCCCAACGAUCCUGAAGGAUCUCCUGACGAACCUGAAAAACACGUCUCAAGUCGUAGAUCUCUGCUUCGCUGUCGUCGAAGCCACGACCUCUGGACGAAUCUCUUCCAAAGAAUUGGAAUAUUCCGCGAUCGACAAGAUCCGCAAUCAUCUGAUCAGACACCCGCGAUCUGCUUCGCCACUUGAAGACGAGAACUUGUUGAAGUGGCAUGAGAAGUCCUCGAAGUUCUCGAUUAUAAUCGCUCACUUUAUCAUCUACCAGUUGAAUACAUCGUCGAGAGCUGGAAAGUUGAUCGCGGCUAACACCAGCCCCCUCUGGCGGUCAAUUCAAGCCCUGAUGCUCCAAAAGAUCGAGACGAAAGAGCUUCCAGAGCUCAGGAAAUGCUUGGAGAUCGGGAGGACCAUAUCCUUGUGGAUGAUGAGCAAGAAGAUUCGUGGAAAGCUAUUCGACGACUCUGAAGCGUUGAUGGCGAGCCUCAGGGGCCUUCUGGAGAACUCCCAGGACUCCAUGGAAAUUGAGUUAAGUUACUUGUGCCUGAUGGAGCUGAUGAUGAUCGGGGAGUUUCCAAAGGCCGAAGUCCAGAAGAUCCUCCUCCUCCCCUGGUUUCCAGACAAGUCUUCCAGUAACUUGGACCUCUCAAGAAGACUCUCAACGUCUCUCAAGACCCUGACCAUGGAGACGAAGCUCAAAUGUCUCGAGACGAUCUGCGAGUUUGGAAAGGGAAGGGUCAGAAUCAAGUACCUGAGCACCUGCGUUUCCAAUAAUGACUCGGAGUUAUCGGUGUCAGCAGUUCGGAACUCAGUUCUACUGCUGACCGAUCCCGAGGCGUCCUUCAAUGACAUAAACCUUCAUGUCCUGAGGCCCGCGGUCGUGGGUCAGAGAGUAGCCCUGCAGGAGGCAGUGGCCAGGGUCCUGGGGGACAUAAUCUGCCUCCUGUCUGGGAAAGCCCAGUUGAUCCGACCCGAAUGGGACUCGUUGACCUGGAGCAUCAACUGCAACGUCUGUGUCAAGCACUUCGAACAUUCCUCAGGACUCAGCGAUAAAUUCCCCAUCGACGAAUCCAUAUUCACGUCCUACUUCUCCCUCUUUUCUUCCAACGUCUUGAGUGUUCGUAGAGCGAUGAGCAAGAAUCUCGUUAAACUCUCGAACCAUCUCCAGAGCUUCAGCUCAAAUGCCGUCUGCAAGACUUGGCUAGCUCUUAUCAAUGAUCCAGACGUGGAGAUAAGAAGCAACCUUUCGAAUUCGAUUGCGAAACUAGCGCGGAACAAAUUGAAGUCGAUUUUUGGUGGUCGUAAAUCGAUUCAGGAUGACACCCCCAAGGACCUGAAGGACUUCGUCGAGCUGGUGAUCGAUCACCUCGGGGACGGGUUGACAGUGGCUUUAGAGAGGCCCAACGAACCCCUCCAGAUGUCCCUCGUCAACACCGCGAAGGAGUUCGCGAGGGCUGAGAUCUACUCCGCGGAACGGAGGAUCUGCGCCAUCUUCAUCAUCACGAUCAUGCAUCCGGAGUCUUCGUACACCGCGAUGGCGUCCGCAACGGUUGCUUACAAGGAGGUCGCGGGCUAUUGCAAACUGACCCCUUACAAGCUCUUCCUGAGGUACCGUAAGGACUUCGUUGAACUGAUGACGCAGUUGCUGGCGAACAACUUCGUCGAGAAGUCUCACAGUGUCGCGAUGUCUCUCAGCAAGAUUGUUCACUGUAUCGGGUACUCCGGGGCCCGAGAGUUCAUGAGGAAGGCAGGGAGUCUAGUUGUGAGCCACUUGGUCCCGAUGGUGAUCAAAGUCCCGAGGGUCAGAGACAUGUUCAAAGAAAUCGCCGAUCUUCUGGCGCUUGAGGAACGCGAAAUGUUCGUCGAGUACUUUCAGCAGAUCUGCCCUCAUUUCUUCCUCAAUGAGACCCCGGAGGUGGGUAGUGAGUGCCUCGAUCUCGUCUCCAAACUCGCGAGAGUUUCGGCUAGAGACUUGAUGAAGAUCUCCUUCAUCGGAAUCUUUCGAAAGCUUCUCCUCCACUUUCACGAUAAGAUGGAGCGGGUCUUGAUUUGUCUUGAAGUCAUCUCCGAGUUUGAUGCCGAUCAUAAAGGUAACUUCGAGACAAAUCAGAGUAUCGCCAACUACCUGAAGCCUCAUCUUCACGCGGUUCUAGUCAAGUUUGAUACUAAUUUGGGACCUAUGAGCGAUGAGGGGACUCAGAAGUCUGCGCUGGGUUCGCUCGGGGCUCUGAUGAAGUUCAUGGGGGCUACACAUUUGAGCCCCCUCAGGUACAAGAUCCUGACGACUUUGAGGACAUGUCUGAACCUCACCAGGCCGGGGUUCAAGAAGUUGUCUUGUUACGCGUGGGAUUGCUUCCUCCGGAAUGUUUCUUUGGAGGAUCUAGGGCCCCUGCUACCCACUAUUUGCGUCUCCAUGGUUCCGUUACUCGACUCUUGCCCCCAGGAGGCCAACGCCAUGAUGGAAUUCCUCUUGAUAGACAACAACGAAGCCUUGCAAUCUCACAUAUCUGAACUCUUCUUCAUCGAUGAUCUCAAAGUCAACAAGAGGAUCUCGUCAGUUGUCGCUAAUCAGGUCGCGAGGUCGACGCCGAGGGACCCCGAGGCCGGGCUGAAGAUCUGGAUUCGAAGGAUCAAACACGAGACCGAUGAGGUGCGAUCCAAGGCACUGAGUCACCUGAAGAAAUUCCUCGAGGUUCACAGGAGUCACUUGAACGACAUGAUCCUCUCCAACACCGACGUUCAUCCUCUAGUGGUGGAUUUGCUAGACUCUUUGCUCGCAGGAUGCCAAGAUAAGGACGAGAGCAUCAGGUUGAAAUGUGGCGAGUGUCUUGGGCAGCUCGGGGCAGUCGAACCGAGUCUUCUUCCUCGAAGAAUCGUCUCCAAGGACGACUCCAAGUUCAUCCCGGAGAUGAACGAGGAUUUCGCGCUCGAGGUCCUCCAGGAACUCGUGAGAGCCCUGCAGAUGGAGAAGAUCACUCAGAACGUCGACUGCUUCUCCCUCGCAAUCCAGGAGAUCCUCAAGACCUUCGAGAUCUCUCCGACCGGUUCCAACUCGAGAAUCUGGAAUUCCUUGUCUCCAACGACUCAAGAGAGAAUUCUCCCCCUUUUGAACUCGAGAUACAAACACACAGCGACGGAUCCUGACACUGUAGAAUCCCCGGUGUACGGGUCCUCCGCAGGGUCGACCUUCGAGAAGUGGCUGUACAACUGGACCUGCUCAAUGAUCCUCACAAUAAAAGAUCCAAAGCUCUUCUCAGUCCUGAGUGCCUGUCAACCUGCGUUACGAAGGGACUCUCGCACCACGAUGUUCUGCAUCCCCCACAUCUUCACCCACAUCAUCAUGAAGGGUUCUGACACCGACAGAAAUCGUUUGCUCACCGAGAUUUUCGCGGUGAUCAAAUCUGGGGAUCAAACUCUCGAUCAAGAGCUGGUGAUCCGUCGUCCCCUGAGACGAGAGACCAACGACAAGAAGAGCGACACCAGAGUGUCCGACGAAGCGAGAAGGAUCAGGUGCUCUCAGGUGGUGUUUUCCACGCUGGACCACGUGAUGAGGUGGCUGGGAGAGAAGCGGAGGGAAAAAGACCAGAAGUACCUCCUCAUGCAGAGAUUCGUUGAUCAGUUAGAUAGCUUUGUACUGGCUGAGGCCUGCUACAAGUCACACGAGUACCAUCGAGCCCUGAUGUACCUCGAGAGACACAUGACGUCGAAGAACAAAGGAUUGUCAGAUCAGACGGAAAGUGGUUUGCUUGCGAAGAUCUACACGCAGUUGGAGGAGCCUGACGGAGUAUCAGGGAUUCUCGCCACUCAGGACCAGUCACCGACCCUUCAGCAACUGGUGGUGGCCCAUGAGGUCACUGGACAGCUUCAGGACGCAGCCAUCUGCUACGAGAAACUGGCACAACGUCUCGUGUCCCCCAAGUUCAUCCAAGGCAUGAUUCAUUGCUACUUGGGAUUGGACCAGCCGUUCACCGCGAUGAAGUUCACUGAAGGCGUUCUAGGCUCCAGCCCCGAGCUGGAGCCCCUGAUGGUGGAACAUGAGCCAUUCUGGAGACUAGCCAAUUUCGUACAGCUGAACGAUGACAAGAACUCUGUCAAGAGGGAUCUGCUGGAGGAUUUGAAGAGGGGCGUCCAGCCUGACCUCCAAGGCAUCAAGAAACGACUGGUCACUCUGCUGGGAGCCACAUCUCAUCGGGUCUCCUACCUCCAACAGAGCUACCCCUACAUCAUGAAACUCCACAUCCUCAACGAGUUCGAGAAAGCGACUGACCUAAUGUUGAAGAACGUCGAGAGCCUUCCUAUAAUCCUAAAGGAGUGGGAGCAAAGGGAACAGCUGAUCAGAGCUUCAAGAGGUGUGGAAUCAGUGCUCGGAAUGAGGCGAGCAACCCUCGACCUCUUUGUCCAGCUGACAGAGUCAAACCAGCUGACAACCGACGUCUCCAAUCUGAAGCAGGAAAUCGGGAAGAUCUGGCUGAAGAGUGCGAAGAUAGCGAGAAAGUCUGGUCUCUAUCAGCAAGCGUACAUGUACAUCCUGUCAGCUUCAGAUUUCUGUCCUCCACAGGAACUGAACAUUGAGCUGGCCCAAUUGUACUGGCAGAGGAACUCCCAAGAGGACGCGCUGAUCACCCUGAAGCGAUCGUUCACUAAUUGCUUUCAAUCUCUAGAUUAUUACCAAAAGCUCCAGCUCCACACGUGUCCCCCGGACCGCAAGAACUUUGCAAAAGCCAAAUUGCUAUUCGCGAGAUACAACGAGGAGACAUUGAACGUCGAUAAGACGACGAAUAUGAAGUACUACGAGGAGUCGUACAGCGCUUGGAAGUCGUGGGGCAAGAGCUCUUUGGCGCUUGCUCAGUAUCAGGAGUCAUUCAUCGAAGCACAAGCAGGACAACCAAACGGGAGCCUCCUGGGUAAAAUCAUCAAUUACUACGGGAGAUCGCUUCAAUUCAGCUGCAAGUACGUUCACCAAUCCAUGCCGAGGAUGCUGACCAUCUGGAUGGACUUCGCGGAGAAGGUCCACACAUCGGAGAGGCCUCAGAAGGAACAAGUGGAGAUGGUGGAGAAGAUGACGAAGAUCAUCGACGCCUACUGCACGAGACUGCCGACGUACGUGUGGCUGACAGCACUCAGUCAACUUAUCUCGAGGAUCUCCCAUCCCUCCAAGGACGUGCAGGAGCAGCUGAUCAAGAUCCUGGUAAAGCUGAUGGCAGCUCAUCCUCAGUACUGCAUGUGGAUGAUGGCGUGUGUCUUGAACUCGAAGAAGUCACCGUUGACGAGUGUCUUGGGAUCGGACAAGCGUCCUCUGAGCUUCAAGGAUCGAAUCUGGAAUCACAAGAGUCUGCAGGAGCCCACGAUCAAGAAGAUCAUGACGUCUUUCAGGCUCCUGUGGGAGAAGCUCAUUGAAUUCACAGCCUUCAGGAUCGAGGGCGGGGUCUCGAGGACCAAAGUGUCCAUCCUCUGUAAAGACUUGCCGAAAUUGCUGAAGAAUCCGAGCUUUGGGUCGAUUAUGAUGCCGACGACUCAGUUCUUCAGGCUCUCGUUGCCGGCAGAUGGAGCCCUGCCGGAUGGAUACGAUCCCCUCAGCAAUGAUCGAAUAUCCAUCGUGGGGAUCGAAGAAGAGGUUACUGUCAUGACGUCUGCGCAGAAGCCGAAGAAAAUCAUGCUGCGGGGGUCUGAUGGCAAGCGUUACAGCUUCAUGUGCAAGCCUGACGACGACCUUCGAAGGGACUUUCGCCUGAUGGAGUUCAACGGAAUCGUCAACAAGUACCUCCAGAAGGACCCGGAAUCCAGGCAGAGACGUCUCUAUAUCCGGACGUAUUCCGUGGUUCCUCUUCACGAGAAAUGCGGAAUUAUCGAGUGGGUCCAGAACCUUCUGCCGUUUCGUCAAGCUCUACUGGGGAUUUACAAGGAGAGAAAGUUGGGCAUGAGUGGCGAGGAGCUGCGGAGGCUUGCUCCACCUCUCAGGACAGACUUGGAAAUCAAGAGGAAGCUGUUCGUGGAGAAGCUGCUGCCCAGGCAUCCACCGGUCCUCGGGGACUGGUUCAGGCUGAUGUUCCCCGAUCCCUACGCGUGGUACGAGGCCAGGACUGCUUACAUCAGAACAACAGCUGUCAUGUCCAUGGUGGGGUAUGUGUUGGGGCUCGGCGACAGACAUGGCGAGAACAUUCUGUUUGAUUGCAAGUGUGGAGACACCGUUCAUGUGGACUUUAAUUGUCUCUUCAAUACAGGGGAGACACUGAAAGUUCCUGAGAAGGUGCCCUUCAGGCUAACUCAUAAUAUGGUGAGCGCCAUGGGGCCCCUCAAGUAUGAGGGCCCUUUCAGGAAGUCUUGUGAGACCACCAUGAGGGUCCUCAGGACCCAGGCCAGAACCCUCAACAGUGUGCUUAAGCCUUUUGUUUAUACGGAGAGGGUCACUACUGAUGCGGAAACUAAUGUCAGGAAUAUCGAACAGAGGCUGGCUGGGUUCGUCAAGCUGGUGGAUGAGAGCAUGGUUAAAUUGAGUGUUAAGGGCCAGGUGAAUCAUUUGAUUCUCGAUGCUACGAGCAUUGAUAAUCUUUGUCAGCUGUAUUAUGGGUGGGGGGCGCAGUUGUGAUGGCAAGGGAUUAUAGGUCAAGUCUCCGUAACUUAUGAUUCGAAAAAUUGGGAAUUGUUGGGGUUGGGAGGAAGCAGAAGGGUUUGAAGGCAUUUUUGGAUAGAGUUUACUCGAUGUGAUGGAGAUUACAAGAAAUAUGAGUUAGGGAGACUCAGGGGAAUUCCAUGGAAGUUGAACUGCACGUCGUCUUAAGAGCAUAACCAAUCAGAAUGACCGAUAAGAAAUGGCGGGAAAAUUUUGUCAUUUGAACUGUCACUGUCGUUUGAUUCUCGAUGCUACGAGCAUUGAUAAUCUUUGUCAGCUGUAUUAUGGGUGGGGGGCGCAGCUGUGAUGGCAAGGGAUUAUAGGUCAAGUCUCCGUAACUUAUGAUUCGAAAAAUUGGGAAUUGUUGGGGUUGGGAGGAAGCAGAAGGGUUUGAAGGCAUUUUUGGAUAGAGUUUACUCGAUGUGAUGGAGAUUACAAGAAAUAUGAGUUAGGGAGACUCAGGGGAAUUCCAUGGAAGUUGAACUGCACGUCGUCUUAAGAGCAUAACCAAUCAGAAUGACCGAUAAGAAAUGGCGGGAAAAUUUUGUCAUUUGAACUGUCACUGUCGUUUGAUUCUCGAUGCUACGAGCAUUGAUAAUCUUUGUCAGCUGUAUUAUGGGUGGGGGGCGCAGCUGUGAUGGCAAGGGAUUAUAGGUCAAGUCUCCGUAACUUAUGAUUCGAAAAAUUGGGAAUUGUUGGGGUUGGGAGGAAGCAGAAGGGUUUGAAGGCAUUUUUGGAUAGAGUUGACUCGAUGUGAUGGAGAUUACAAGAAAUAUGAGUUGGAGAGACUCAGGGGAAUUCCAUGGAAGUUGAACUGCACGUCGUCUUAAGAGCAUAACCAAUCAGAAUGACCGAUAAGAAAUGGCGGGAAAAUUUUGUCAUUUGAACUGUCACUGUCGUUUGAUUCUCGAUGCUACGAGCAUUGAUAAUCUUUGUCAGCUGUAUUAUGGGUGGGGGGCGCAGUUGUGAUGGCAAGGGAUUAUAGGUCAAGUCUCCGUAACUUAUGAUUCGAAAAAUUGGGAAUUGUUGGGGUUGGGAGGAAGCAGAAGGGUUUGAAGGCAUUUUUGGAUAGAGUUGACUCGAUGUGAUGGAGAUCAGAAGAAAUAUGAGUUAGGGAGACUCAGGGGAAUUCCAUGGAAGUUGACCUGCACGUCGUCUUAAGAGCAUAACCAAUCAGAAUGACCGAUAAGAAAUGGCGGGAAAAUUUUGUCAUUUGAACUGUCACUGUCGUUUGAUUCUCGAUGCUACGAGCAUUGAUAAUCUUUGUCAGCUGUAUUAUGGGUGGGGGGCGCAGUUGUGAUGGCAAGGGAUUAUAGGUCAAGUCUCCGUAACUUAUGAUUCGAAAAAUUGGGAAUUGUUGGGGUUGGGAGGAAGCAGAAGGGUUUGAAGGCACUUUUGGACAGAGUUGACUCGACAUGAAGAUCAGAAGAAAAAUGAGUUAGAGAGACUCAGGGGGAAGUCCAUGGACUUAGUCUGCAUGGUGUCUCAACAGUAUAACCAAUCAGAAUGGAGGAUUUAGAAACGGCGGGAAAAUUUCCGGAUUUGAAAUACCAAAGGGCGAAUGAAUAUUCUUACUGAAUAACGUGAGGUGUACAACUAGUGCAGAGCAAUAAACAGAUCCUUAUCAGUCAGAAUUAUAUUUUUCCACUCAUGUUAAUUUUCAGAGAAGCUACGGAGGAGCAUAAAAUAAGAGAGAGAUGAACUCAGGAUCUAAAAAUAAAUGAUUAAUCCAUAAGUUUGUAAUUUUCUGUAAGGUGUAAAUAAACUUUUGUAUUUUUGAA